AUGGCGGACACAAGUGUGGCUACAACAGGCCCAACCAAUGUUGCAGAGAACAACACAGAUGAGCAGCAACAACAGCCACCGCAGCCGAGAGCAAAUGGCUGGUCAAUCAUCAAGACUCUGGUUAUCCGAAUGGUGUUCAUAUAUUUCAUUGCCAGUAUGUUCCGGAGGUCUCCGGCACCUCAAGAAACCAUCACCGCUGAUGGGAAGGUGCAGCCUGCGCCAGUAGCCUCCAGUAAUGUGUUUGAUAAGUUUACUGUCAUGGAUAUGUAUGUGUAUAUCUCGGAGCAAGAAGAGUUUACAGACUUCAAAAAUGAGAAUGCCCUGUUUUGGUUGGAGCCGGGCCUCAUUUAUGGGGACUGGACUGGGGGACCAAAUAGUGAUGGUACAUAUGAGAAAUCAGGUGUUAUCACAGCUUCAGAGGCUGUUCAGAACAACGGAUCGCUAUACAUCCAUGUCUACUUUGUGAAAGAAGGAAAGUCACCUGACCCAGCUGAUAGAGCAGCAAAGACUUACUCAAAAAAGUAUACAGCUCAGAGAUCUAGAAGACUGAAUAAAUUCAAAAAGAGGAAAUUCCGCAAAACAGUAAACCUUCUUACAGGCCAGACAGACGUCCAUCCUGACCUCAUUCAGAAAGAAAAUGCUUCUACAUUUGAAAUCUUGUCCCACUGGCAUCCAAACUUGACCAUUAAUCUACUGGAUGACCAUUCUCCUUGGGUCAGUGGCUCUGUCCCACAGCCACUUGAUGAAUAUAUCGAGUUCAUACCUGCCUCCAACAAGUACUACCCUGUAAUCUACUUCAACGACUACUGGAACCUCAACCAGGACUACACGCCCAUCAAUGACACGACCAAAUUCUUGAACUUGUCCCUGACGUACAGCCCCAUGUCAUUGUUCAAAUGGCAGCUGUAUGCCGCCCAGGGGAUGCGUAACAAAUGGGUCAACAUGCUGGGCUCAGAAGGAGGGGAGGAAGAAGAGGAUCAAGAUUCACUGAAGAUGGCAUUCCUAGAGACUAGUCCCUACCUGCUGGCAAUGACAAUUAUAGUAUCCAUACUUCACAGCAUCUUUGAGUUUCUGGCCUUUAAAAAUGAUAUCCAGUUCUGGAAAUCGAGGAAGUCUCUGGAAGGUCUGUCAGUGCGAUCAGUCUUCUUCAACGUGAUCCAGUCACUGAUUGUUCUCUUAUACAUCAUGGACAAUGAAACCAACACAGUGGUGAAGAUCAGUGUGUUCAUCGGACUCUGUAUUGAGAUUUGGAAGAUCAACAAGGUUGUCAAUGCUCAGCUGGACAGGGAGAACAAGAUACUGGGCAUCAUCCCAAGACUGAAGUUUUCUGAGAAAUCAACAUACACAGAGUCUCACACAAAAGAAUAUGAUAUUAUGGCGUUCCGUUACCUGUCUUGGUUGUUGUAUCCCCUGCUGGGAAUCUACGCUGUCUAUUCCCUGGUCUAUCAAGAACACAAGGGCUGGUACUCUUGGGUGCUGAAUAUGUUGUAUGGGUUUCUUCUCACGUUUGGGUUUAUUAUGAUGACACCCCAGCUGUUCAUCAACUAUAAGCUGAAGUCUGUAGCCCAUCUACCCUGGAGGAUGCUGACCUACAAGGCACUUAACACCUUCAUCGAUGACAUCUUUGCGUUUGUCAUCCGGAUGCCUACCUUGUACAGGCUGGGAUGUCUCAGAGAUG